ACGAACGGAGAACGAACGGAGAACGAACGGCGUGUGCGUGGUGUGGCGGCGGUCUGCGCGUCUGUACCCCUGGUCCAGACCCCUGGUCAUCAAGGGUCGCCCCUGCAGCUAAGUCGCGCGAGGUCGGUGAUCGGGUCUACGGGUGUGCUCUAGUGAGAGUAGAAAAGGGGAAAGGGGAAGGUAAGGUCAGGGGUGAGAACACUCUGGGGUGGGGUAAUAAAACUGUAAGCACAAGCACGAAACGGGAAACGGUGUCCUGAGCCGGGCAUGAUUGAGAGAAAAGGUUGAAAGGCAAGAUGCUCACGAUACAACGCUCGGAAUUGCUAAGAGGGGGAGAAGGCUGCAACCCUCCCGGCACGCAUUUACUACCCCCCGUAGUACCCAGGGCUUCAGUCUCCGAGCCCGCCGAGAGGAGCGUUUCCUUCAAUCGAGACGUCCACGUGAAGAGGAUCGGACGUGGUACACCGCGCGUAACCGCGGCUCUCGUGGGCGAUGGAGAAGGUAGGUUGAUCGCCACUCCGGUCCAUAAGGAGAACAUCGCCACGAAGAGUAAGGAGGAUCUCGCACAGGAAGCGGCCCUAGUCCUGCAGCAAGCGGGCAGUCUUCACUGCGUGGCACACGACAAUCGACGCCUGCCCGGUCGCUUCAGCACCUUGCCGGCGCGUCGUAAUAAGAAACGUCCCGAUCUGCCAAUCGAUGUAAGAUCUCGCCGCGGUAGCGAGGAGAUCGGCACUACGACCACGAAUGCGGACUUCGACACGCCGCGGGCCAAGAAAAAACCACUGGAGAGGAGCGCCAGUGAUGCCAGCGCGAAGAAGCUAAAGAGUUCGCUCGCACGAUUCUUCUCGCCGAGUUUGGAGAGGCGCCGGAAGCCGGUCGGUCGAAGCGUGAGCGACGCAGGCUCCUGGACGCGUAACGGUGCGCAACGCAAACGAAGCGGCAGUGAGAGCGAGAGCUCGCACCUGAGUACCAUCAGCCAACGAGCGAAGAAGCAGCUAUCGCCGAUAAUCGAGUCGUCGCCGCACGUCAAUCAGCAGCCGUUCCACUUUGGCACUGCAAGUGCAGAUCGCGAAAACAACAAUCGACCGGAGCCGAAGAAGUCCAAAAAACAAGAGGAGCGAUCGAGCCCAGUUAUCGAUGUCGACGAGGUAAUAUCGCGAGACGUCGAGGCGAGAGAAACGACCGAGGGAACGACGCGCACCGACGAGUCUGCUGAUAGAUCGCCCAGCCGAGAGGCUAGAGUGAUCGAACAUCACAUAUUCGUCGAGGGUAGAGACGACGAAGAGAAGAGAGAACCCGAUCGAAAGCCCACGAAAACCAGCCGUACACCUUCACCUUCGAAGGAAUUAAAACGCGAGGGAGACGAGGUCGAUAAAGCGGACACUUAUAGUAUGCUACACAGUAGUCGCUACGAUCUUCAAAAACGCAGCGGAGAGUCCACUAUUCACAAGAUGAUCCACCGACUGUCCAAUGAUCGUUCACCACCUCCGCAGUUGACCAGGACGAUGGUAUCGCCGUCGCCGGGAUUCGGUCACAAUAACAAUCGACCGUUCUCCUAUACCAGACCAAACGACUCCUGUAGCCCGCCGCCUGCGCAGACCAACGUCAUUUAUGCGCAAGUACAGCCGGAUAAAAAGAAGGCUCAGCGAAGCCACUCUGACAGCGACGAAGGUCUCGGUCUCGAGAGGAAGGACUCCUCCCGCGAAAACAGUCCUGCGGAGAAGGAGUACCGCAGAACUGAUUACUCGUACAGCAAUGAUCUGCGUCGCAACAAUGAGAUCAACACCUUUAAGUCGAGAUAUGAGGAAGACCGUAAGAGUAGCAGCCCCUUCGGCAAACCCUUGGGUGGUUCAAAGGAUUUCAUCUCCAGGACCACCGAGGUCACGAGACGUCACGAGUUCGAUGGGCGUCUCUAUGACAAACCUGAAAAAUACACUUCGACCGUGUUCGUGGACACUUCUGGUCGAGGUAGGGCCGACGGUAUGGACGCCAGACGAAGGGAUAGCGGCGAAUUAAUCUCGAGACAGAAUGAAAGUGGAAUCUCGCCGAAAACGACCGAAUUAAGUGCACGACGAGAUCUGCUGGAGUCCAGGAUCAAGUCGAGAUUACUGGCUGACGAGAUGUUCGCCGCUAAGAAUAGCGCGAAUGUACCAGUGAAAAAAUCAAGCGAACACGAGAUAAUCGACAAGCCGAUAGUACCAUCGCCGGUCACGCCAAAUCGGAUCGCGUCGCCGAAGCGAUAUAUGGAUACCUACAUCACGGAGACGCGCACCAAUAGCAACGGCGAGAAGUACAUUUUCGAGAAAGAAAUACACGAGGACAACGGCAAAGUAUACGGCUACGAGAAGAAGAUCACUAACAAAAUCCCGACGAACGGCUACCUCGACACGAAACCGAGGGAUGGUUAUACCGUGGAAACUAGGACGGACAAAUACGGUGAUAAAUACAUCGUAGAGACGCGAACGCAUGAGGGUUAUACUGACAAUUUUAAACCGUUUCUCAGCGAUCGAAGUCGAAGCAGCCCCGAGGAGAAAUUUCAGACCGUCAGAAAUGGUAGCCCGUACAAAUCUUCGCAUUAUUUGCCAGAAGGAACCUCUACAACGAAUCACUUCCGCAGCGACUCACGGGAGAACGACGAGCUGUCGUCACCGAUUAUCGCCAAAAAAUUGAAUGAGCGCAAGUUCUCGAAGAGCGACGAUUUCCUGGAUCGCGAGAAUCGACCAAUUAACCGAGACGCGUAUCUGCCGAAAACAAAGAAACCCUUUGAAUCGAUCCGUGGCAUGAGCAAAUCGACGCAACGGUUGGAUGAGGUUGGAGAGAACGCCAGGGUGCGAGCGCUCAGAAGUGAGUACACCACGAGAUCGCACGAGAAUCUGAGCAGCCGAGCGGGUUACGUUAAUGCGCGAGACAUGAGACGUCCGACCGCAUUGUUGGAUAGCCCAACGAUAAAUGGACGCAGAGAGAGAUCACCGUUCGCGAAGCGUCACCUAGACAGCCUGCGUGAAGGCCCAAAUGACGACUACGACACUGAUAUCUCGCAGAUGACCAGCAGCCAGCUGGAAUCGAAGUACUAUGAGGAAACACGCACCACGCAGAGGUACACGAGCGGCAACAAACAUCAGAUUCAUGACGAUUACGACAGUUCGCCACCACGAAUACGCACCGAUCGCGGCGGUUACAAUUCCAGCCGAUAUGAUUCAGAUACUACCGCUAGGGAUUCGAUACGUUGCGACACUCGCUACGACGAAGCGCGCACUACGAGGAAGGAGCACCGUAAACUGGAUGAUGAUCCGAAGAAACCGUUGAGGCGAUCGCGCAAUCGGCUGGACUACUUUGACGAUUCCGACAGUCCACGAGGAAAGGUGUCCUCGGUCAGUCGUUUGGAGACGUUUACCGAGACGAUCCCGACCAGACCACCUAGGACUUAUCAUGAGGGCAAAUCGAGGCACACGAGACAGGAGGUGCGAGGACACACCGAGCGCCGCCAUCGCGAAACUAGACUGAGUGAUCCGGAUCGGAAGGAUCGGCUAGCCGAUUCCGGGAUUGAAAACGAUUAUAGAAGGGACUCUCAGGAAGCGGAUAGGCGGGAGCAGCUCGAGUCCGAGGACGAGGGUUUCGUCAACCGGCAGUUUAUCAAACACGAGCGACGACACACCGAUCGCAAUAUGAACCUGACGCCGACGUCCGAGCAACGCAAGUACGAUAAGUACGCGAGUGAUUCGUCGUCAAAGCCGCCAUUGGUCACUGCGAAACCACCUUCCGGUGCCGCCGACAAAAAGUAUGAGAAGAAGGCGGCGAAAAAGAGCGGCACCAUGAGCAAAGUCAAGCAGUUGUUCAGCAAGAAGGAGAAGAAAGCGAAAGAGGAGAAGAGUAAGAAAAGCGUGAGGAGUGGCAGCAGCGGCGCCUUGACCGAUGACGAAGUGACCAUGAGGUACAGAGAGUAUCGUGGAUAUCAGCUGAGGAGCGCCAAGAGUGCACGGGAUUUGGGCAGCGACAUCAAUCAGGAGGAUUAUAGUCAACGCAGACGCUUAUCGACACCUAGUGGCAGUCCGAGCCCUCCCAGACCGACCAGACUCUCGAGAUCCACCGGCACUCUUACUAGAGAAGAAGAGUCCUUCUGCGAGUCCAGCAACACCCUAACCAGGGACAACCAGGGCCAAGAGGCGGAGAGAAAGGGUUGGUUCAAGUCCCUCUCGAGGAAGAAUAAAUCCAAUGCUACGCCGGUGGAUAAAAAGCCAAGAAUACCCGAGAGCGAGAUCUUGACGACCGGCACCGAGGAUGAGGAAGCUUCCUCUGCGCCUGAACGAGUUUCCGUGCAAAAGAAUCUCCGCUUCUUCGGCGAUACGGAUCAGGAGUCCGUCUCGUCCAACAGAGACCGCAGAAACAAACGAGUUGACGACCAUGCCCGCUCGAGGCGUGAUGUCACGAAUUCGAACCGCUAUAAUUUGGGUAUCAUAUCAGCCCCAAGGAAAUCUUCGAGACUCGCUGAAAGCGCAUUGUCUUCGGGCGAGAGUACAACGGGUGAUAGUAGCCAGCAAAGUCAAAACUCUCAGAGAUCGCAGAGAUCUGUGGUGUAUCUCCAUGCUGCUACAGUCGGCGAAAUACCAGGCCCGAACGAACGACGCCGGGCAGCAAGUCGCGAGGAGUUAAAUCGACCGUUGCAAUCACACACGAGAACGGUGUCGAGAAGCGUGAGCGUCCUUGCUCCGUGGAAGCCGCGACAUUAUAGGGAACCGUUCGAGAUCAACUACGAUCAGCAACAGCAUGCAAAACCGAUCGCGACCAUGAGACGCAGACAACGAAGCCGCGAAACCCUCAGUCGUCGAGGAAAAGAAGCUCGGCGAAGCAAAGAUAAUAAUCUUUCUAAAACAAGUACGAUCAAUCGCAGCACAUUAAAAUCGAAGGACAAGCAGAAAGUGGAUAGAACUGUUUCCACGGAAUCGCUGGCCACCAAAUCGCGAGGCAUAGGCUCCAAAGUGGAAUUAAACAGAUCCACGUCCGUGCCCCGUGACCCGAACAAGAGUGCAGGAUGGUUCAAGCUAAAGAGCAAGAAGUCCCGCGCUUGAAUUGGACGGCCAUUGAUCAAUGCUAGUCUCGAGUUUCAUAAGUGUAAUCCGUAAUUUCGUAGGCGAUUAAUAAGCGUCGAUAUCCGGCGCGCGCUGAUUAAUAACGACGCGACUUAUCGAUAAUAUACACCUUUUAACAUGCACAUCGCGCGAAUGUCGAUUGCGACCACGCGAAUUUUUAAUUUUUUAACCGAGUAUAUGAUUGCGACAACGACGUGUAAAUUAAUUGCUGUCAACACGUUAAUCGAUUUUGCGAAUUUAUGGAAUUUCUGUGCUACCUAAGACACAAAGUUUUAAUCCCCGUAUAAAUAGAUCUAUAUAUCUAUACGUAACAGAAUAAAAACAAUUAUCCAAAUAUAUACAUAGGCACAUGCGAAAAAGAUUUGAACCUCACUUACGCGUCAAAUUAAUAUUAUACUCU